GAGAGGUGUUACGAGCUGGGGGAUAGAUAAAAGUCAUUAAGUGGAAAAGUGUAAGAAACCAGACACAGUGGGUCCUUUUAUUUAGUGGGCCCUGGACAAAUGCCCCUUUUGUGCUGUUAUUAAAGCGCCCUGGCACUGUCAUCCAGCCAGUGGGCAAUUCCCAGCUGUAUACAAUCUCCAUACAGUCCCCCAUGCCCCCUCCCUCUUUCUGCUCUUGGGAAUGUCAGGCCCGUGAUCUCUCCCUGCGAUUGGCUGCGGUCUGUCGUUACGUCACAAUCAUGAUUAGAAUUGAUGAUCGGACGCGCUGAUUUCUUUGUCUGUUCCCGGAGCGGAGAGGACCCAUUUGUGAUUCCUGCGGCGGGGAACACAUAUCUCUGCCAAUUAGAGCCACCAAACUCGUGCCAUGGAGGGACCUGUGGCUCCAAAUGUUGAGGAAGUGACCUCCACAGGGUCUCAGGGAUACCAGCCAGAGAUGAACCUUAGGUCUGUAUUUACUACAGAGCAACAGAGAAUAUUACAGAGAUAUUAUGAAAAUGGAAUGACAAAUCAGAGUAAAAGUUGUUUUCAGCUCAUUUUGCAAUGUGCGCAAGAAACCAAGCUGGAUUUCAGUGUAGUCAGGACUUGGGUUGGAAACAAAAGAAGAAAAAUGAGCAGCAGUAAAAAUUAUAAAGAUUCUGAAAUUGCUUUACCGGGGUCAGUGUCAAACUCUCCUUCACGUCCUCCAGAAGUUUGUGUUAGAAAUGUGCCAAAUAAUACCAGAACCCAGCCUUCACAGACUUCUUCUAACAGUGAUCUUAUUAUGAACUGUGUCUACAGUCCAAAUAAUUCUUUGGUUAGACAGGGGUCUACUCCUCCAAUCACAGCUUCUAAAACUGAGACACUGAAACCCAACCUGUCCAGACCAGGUGGGAGAAAUGAAGGAGAGUAUCUGAAAAUGCAGGUUCCUGUGCAACGGCAGGCACCUCUGUCAAAGAGCUCUUUACAGCAGCUGGAUGAGAAGAGUGUUAUGUUAUCACGACAGCCAAGUUUAGCCAAUCCCCCAAAUUCCCUGUAUGCCAAGAAAAAUUUUAGUGUAUCCACUGUUCAAGUGCUAGAAAGAAUAGCCCCUCAGAAAACAAUGACUUGGUCUAUAAAAAGUGUGGCAGAUCCUCCUGGAGGCCAAAGGUUAUACAAAUCAGAUCGACCAAGCAUAAGUCCUAUUGGGAAUGCCUCUAUGGGGCAACGAAACAGAGAGUCUUCUUGUGGCAUAAGAAAUCUUGAGAUCCGUGAAGUAUUUUCAUUGGCUACUAAAGAACAUUCUUCAAGGGCUUUGGGAGGUACUGUAGAGGACAGGCCUCGUUUGGUUGAGAGCAAUUGCUUUUCUAUUGCUAUGGAAACAGGUGAUGUUGAUGAUGAGUAUGCUCGAGAGGAAGAACUGGCAUCUAUGGCUGCACAGAACCAGGCAUGUUUACGAUAUAGGGAGAAUAACUGUUCCCCAAAUUUGGAUAAUCACUGUGCUUUAUCGCCUAUGCCAGUAAGAACAGGAACUUGUAAGACAAUGGCACCUAACUCAAGAGACUUAUCAGAAGGUUUGAUGUUUCAGAACAGAGACUACUACUUAUCACAAAAUACCUCAACACAUAACACAACCAGCCCACAAUAUCCUGGUGGUAAUACAUCAAGGAAUAGCAUGCAUCCACCCUACACAGCAUCUCCUCAACAAAGACUCCCACAGAACCAAAAUAACUACCCGAUUUCAGGAAACCUCACAGUGCCUUGGAUUAUGGAGUGCUCCAGGAAAAGAACACUCCAGGACCGCACUCAGUUUAGUGACCAUGAUCUGGCAACGCUGAAGAAAUACUGGGAUAAUGGCAUGACCAGUUUGGGCUCGGUUUGCAGAGAGAAGAUAGAAGCAGUGGCUUCAGAAUUAAACGUAGACUGUGAAAUAGUGCGGACGUGGAUUGGAAAUCGAAGGCGAAAAUACCGUUUGAUGGGAAUAGAGGUCCCACCUCCCAGAGGAGGUCCUGCCACCUUCUCAGAGUCAGGAUCCUCUUUGUUGCCUUCAGUAGAUGAUCCUGUUGCAGAAGUAGCUGAAGAUAAUGACCGGAAUGAUGACGCGUCGAUCUGCCUUUCUGAGGAAAGUUCCCAGGAUUUCAACAGAAGUCCAUUGUCAGACUUGAAACAAAUAUGAAUGAACCUUAUUCAGGGUGUUUUUAUCUCUGUUCAAUAGAAGAAUUUGCAGAGUGCUUGCUGUUCCAGCUCUGCAUAAGAGUAUGCAAGGGGGAGCACAAAAUGUUUAUUGCUCAUAUUCAGCACAAUAGAGAUUGUGUCAUGGCUGUGUUCAUCUGACAAGAGUUCAGAAUGUUCCUAUUUUUUGUUUCACAGAAGCUUGAACAGGGGGUGUCCUUCUGUGUUCCCUAGUAGCAUAAGCUGCAGUGAGGUUUUAAGAAUUGUAGGUUCAGUUAUGAGUUUGGCUCAGUGGGCUCAGUGGGUUGCAUGUCUCAAAAUAGGCUUCUGUGCCUCAUUCCUCGCCUACUACUUCCUUGGAAGAUGACAAUUUAAAGUUCAUGGUGAUGCAACAUCAGAUCUCUGAUGACACCUGUAGUAACCAGCUUUUGUGGACAUUUUUGUUAAGGGCAUUCCUGCUGUUUUGCCCUUGCCUUAUGAUUCAUUUCCUGUUCCUGUUUUACCUCUUCCUGUCUAAGCUAAGAGCAAGUGUGGAGCAGGGCUGUGUUACCUGCCAUGUUCAAUAAAUGUAUACAGUUCCUGUGCUGGUCUGAAGCUCUUGUAUUCCUUAUUCAGCAUAUGUAUAAUAGAAUUGUGGAAAGAUUAUAGACCAGUGAUGGGCAACCUGCUAUUCUCCUGCUAUUAGUCCCACCUCUGUUAAAGAAGUGAAAAUGUGUUUGUUAAGUUGUAGUAAUUAGCUACCUAACAAGAAAUGAGAAUUGCUAUUCUUAUCCUCUGUAUUUUCUUUAUUAGCCCUGCUAAUUAGUGGAUGUGUGAUUGAGAUGGAAAGGUUUUACAAUGUUGCGUGGCGAAGCUGGUGAAAGCACCAGCCAAAGCAUCAGUAUGCCUUUGGAACGUUAUGUUUGGUGUUGCAAUUAUAACUGCAUUUUUUGCAUUGUGUUAUGAACAUCUCAUUUGCACAGAUUUCCCUGCAAUGUGCAAGAACAUUGAUACAGGCAAAAAUGUAGCCUUACCUAAGUUUUUAUGUUUAACAUAUGAUAGGUACAGGAUUCCUUAUUCAGAAAUCUACUAUCCAGAGAGUUCGAAUUACAGGAAGGCCAACUCCCAUAUAGCUCAUGUUCUCAUUUUUAAAAUAGAUUCCCAUUUUCUCUGUAAUUAUAAAACAUUACCUUGUACUUGAUGGCAACUAAACUGCAUGAAUCCAUAUUGAGUUUUUAGGGGUUUUUCUCUAGUAAACUUGAAUUUCUGAAUUUGGGGUUUUAUAGGGGAAAACACAAAUUUUUCGUGGAAAAAAAACAACUCAAAUUUUUUGAGAUUUAUUAUACCCCGAGGCUGCUAAAAGUCCGAAUUUAAAAAUACUCUAACUCAGACCUGUCGAGGUCAUGUACAAAUCAAUAACAAAUGUCCCUUUUACGUUUGGAAGAAAUCAUGUUCUGCUCUCGGCUUCGAGUGAUAAUCUGAAUAAUUAGAGGUUUUCGGGCGAUAAUCUGAAAAAUGUUAAUUUUUCCACGAUUUUAUUGAACUUUUUCCCACACCAAAUUUUUCAAGUUCUUUUAUUAAUAAAUAGGGUAAAAUUGUGGAUGGAAGUUUGGUUGAAUUUGUUUUAAUAAAAUAAAGAGAAAAUUUCAAGUUUUAGUAAAUAACCCCCUCAAGGUUUCAAUUAUUUUUUAGCAGAAUUAAUGUGGCUUUCUUUGGUGUAACUCAGGUGUAACUGCCCCAUUAAAUGUGCAGGGAGCAUUUAUGGUGUUAUAUAAAAUCAUAUUUUCAUAAAUCCUGCAGUUCAUGUUGCCUUGUGCUGCUUUGUAAGCUGAAGGAUUUCUGAGCAUGGAGCAUUUAAUGCUUUUAUUCAGUAAUUUGGCCUAUUACCGCAUUUCAUGCUGUUAAUGUUCUGUGAUAUAUUAAAACUGAAUUCCUUAGCUACAAAGGCACAGUGGGCUGCUGUAAUGUAGAGAUCUGUAAUGUGGUAUUCCUGCUGAACUAGAAUUCAAUGCAGUUGCCAUGCUAUAAUGUAUAUUGGGAGUUAUUGUGGCACUGAUGAGUGCAGGAUUAUGGCAGCUCUCUGGUAAGGAUCAAAGCAGCAUUCUGCAGCUACCUGUUAAGGGUAGCUCUCUACUGAAAGGUCUGUUUAACUAUCAUCCUUCCUCUCAGUUUCCACCCUGCUGGUUUGCUUUGUGCCAACGGCAUGCCUUUAUACCAGUAUCAAAAUGUAUUUUCUUUCCACCAGAGAGAGCUGCAGGCUGCAACUCAAAGAGGAAUAAUUGGUAGCAGAAAUAUUGCCAUACAAGGAUGGUAAUUGCCUUGCAGGCUCAGGGGACACAAACAGUUUAUGCAUUAAGAGACACAGAAAAGAAAGUACUGUGACAGAGGAUUUAUUUACCGCAAGCACUUAAAUAACUGCUUAUUUUAAAAGUGAAAAAGCAGACCAAUGUAGCAAUUAGCCACCCGGCCCAGCACCAGGCGAGGAGUAGUUGCCAGAUUACAUCUUUAUGUUUCUUCUAUGAUCAGCAGUUCUGCAUGUCUGAAGAUAUCUAAAGAACCUUUUCAAUGCCAAUUUGUAAAAAAAUGUAUUUAUUAUUGUAUGAUGCUUAAACAAUAGGGUUGCCACCUGUCCGGACUUCACCUGGACAGCCCGUCCAAAUACCGGAAAUCUGGACAGGGCAUUGAAAAUAAUGACAUGGCGAUCGGCCAAUCUCUGAUUGCCACGUCACCAGUCGGCCCCCCAAAUCACCAGCCCACGCCCAAGACAAAAAAAAAUCCCAUAUAUUAUAUGCAGUUAGAUAUACAAUCACUCCAUGGAGCUGGUAGAUUAGAUUCUCCAAUCACACAGCUGCAUGAGGAAAGUGCCCCAUAUUAUACUUAACGGCUACUUAAAGGACCAGUAACAUCAAAAAAUUAAUUUGUGUUCAAGUAAU